CAAACUUGUACUGAAAGAACGAUCAAAUGCAUAAAUGUUUAUACACUGAUAUGAUUUCCUUUUUUUAUAUAUAUAGAAAAGAUACUCAAGUAUCAUUAAAACGAUCAUACAACGACAAUAAGAAAAGGCGCUAUCCCUCACGAAGGAUCAUCAGUGGUGAUGAUUGGUAUACAAUUCAAGGAUAUCGAGCUAUAAAUCAAGCAUUGGGUCGAUGUAUUCGUCACAAAAAGGAUUGGGGUGCUAUCAUCUUACUGGAGGAAAGAUUCAACGAAAAGAAGAAUAUCGAAGGACUAUCGAAAUGGAUCCGCAAAUUGUGCAAGAUACAUGAUCAAGGUUUCGACAAGGCUAUAAAGGAUUUGCAGACAUUUGUUCAAGGACGAAUGGACAUUGAAUUUGGAUACAAUGUAGACAUUGACCAGUAGAUAUAUAGAUAUGUAUUAUAGCAUAGAUAUUUGAAUAUUUUCAUUUACAUUGAUUUUAUAAUAAAAACAGAAAUAAAUUGUCCCCAAAAGUUUCCAAAACAUAAAGUCAAAGAUAAAGUAGACUUAAAGAAAAGAAGUCUACUAAAUCCUAUUCUUGAAAAGAAUGCUUUAUCUAUAUAAAAGGAGCCGGAUGGAGGUAUAAGUAGUCUUGUAUCUGAAUGACUCAAGCUCAGUCAAUAAAGUAUAGUCAUAUUCGAAAAUAAGACUAUUGACAAAGGAUCUAAGGCAGAUACUACUAUGAUAAAGAAAAAAAAAAAAAA